AUGGCAAGGUACUCUUUUUACUUUGGCGUCGAGAUCGAGCUCAUUUCCGAGCCUCACGAAAUCCGACAACCCCUGGACCGAAGGUUUUACUAUGAGAAACUCGCCAAAUCUCUCCGCUCCCAUGGCCUUAAUGCAAAAGCAGAUUCCCUAGAAGGCAGAUACCGCAAGCAUUCUGAGCAUUAUGACAAAUGGUUCCUCACACGAGAUGGAUCGCUGGGCGAACCAGACUACCCUGCUAUUCCCAUAGAAGCUGUGUCCCCGGUGCUCAGCACAGUCGCAGACUGGCAAACCGAAAUCAACCUCUUCUGGACUUCCUGGGACCGUGUCUUCGAAAUGCCCCGCCGCUCCGCUAAAUGCGGCAGCCACAUCCAUUAUCGUCUUUUACGCGAACAAUCUGAACGACAUGCUCCCCUCCCCCGCCGCAACAAUACGUACUGCCAGAAUAACUGGGAAACUUCACUCGUGGGCUCGAUGUACAAGAGCGGUUCCAAGAAGGAUGUCCGACAAACCAUGGAACGGAUUUGGAAGAUCAAGAACGAGGAGGAGUUGAAGCGCUUUAUGCAAGAGGACCGGCGCGUGAUGUGGAACUUCGAGCACACCGUCCCCGGCGCCCGCUUUACCGGCACCGUCGAGUUUCGAGGUGGGCGUGGCCUCAGAGGCCCCAAUCGGACGAAAUGGUGGAUUGCCUUUGUCGUAUCAUUUAUCCAGCUCUCCAUAUCCAGUAACCAAUUUCCUUACAAAAGCCCAAGCAAUCGUCCACAGACAGAUUACUUCUGGCAAAAGAUCGAAAGAUACGCCCGCACUAUUCAAGUUGCAGGCGACCUGCCGCCAGACUGGCGCGACCUAAACGAGUCCUACAGUAGUGAACAUUGGGAAGACACGGGGGACACCGACAGCGACAUGGACGAGGACAAAUCGGAUACAUCGUCGACCGAGUCAACGAGUUCUUCCGAGUCCUCGGAUUCGGACUCCUCGGAUUCGGACUCAUCGGAUUUGGACUCAUCGGAUUUCGAGUUCUCGGAUUCGGAAUAG